AUGGAUCAUCAGACAAGGGCAAAGCCUAAUUACAAGGCAUACAGCUUGAACGAAUACAAGGAGUUGAAGCUAGAUGUGAAUCUGCGAGGCCUGGGACCUGACUACAUGGCAGUUAAAAAGAGUGCUGAGAAGAUGAAACAACAGAAGCAGUAUUCAAAUGGGGUCCGUGAGAGGAACAAAAACCUUAGUAAAAUACCUUUCAUAAUGGCCAAGGAUCCAGUGGUCAAAGACAAGAGAAUUGCCAGGAUUAAGGCUUUGGAGUAUGCUAAGACCAUAGCUAAGCCACUCGUUCAGCCACAGUCAAAAUCAAGUCACAAUCAACAGUCAGGAGGGUCCACCGGACACACUACUUCGUUCAAAGACUGGGACAUUGCACAUCUGGCCACAGUGGAUCUUCUGAUGAAACGCCACCAAGAAGAAAAGGAUGCAGUCUUCAGAAAAGUGCAAUUUACUUGAGGUCAUCUGCAAAUCAUCUUGUCGAAGACAAGCUGUAGUUAGUUAUGGUUGCAAUUAACACCUAAUGAAUGUAAAGGGGUUUUUGAUCCCUUGUUCCCCACACAAAGACAUAACUUUAUGGUAGGUGUAUUUUACAGACACAAUAUUAACCGAAUCUUAUGAUUUAAAUUGUAUUGGGUUGGGUUAUAUAUGUAUUUGAUCCCCCUGCAACCACAAUAAUUCUGAACACUACAGACUGGCUAUGUGCAUGAAGCACUAAAAUUUGUCCUGUCCCUUCAGCUAGGAACUCCGGAAGAAGAGCAUUUAAGACAAUAGUCUGUUGUCCUCACUUGGGAGCUUCUUGCAAUAUCUCACUUUGGAAUAAGGAUAAUUCUAAGAAAAUUGUUUGGGCUGCCCAGAAUUACCAUCAUUUCCACACUAUAAAGCGCUACAUUUUUCCCCAGGCUUUGAACCUUGCGCUUUAUACAGUGCUACGGCUAAUUUAUGGAUUUUUACGGGUUCACGAGCUUCACAUGCCACCAAUUAAUUUAGCCUCGUCACAUCAGACAAAUAAAA